AUGGCUUCUAAAUUUGUUAUUUUCUUCCUCUUUCUAUCACUCACUUCUCUACCCUAUCCUUUGGAAGCUGUAGAUACAAACCAAUCUCACUUUUUCAGUUUGUUGAAAGCUUCUCUAUCAGGAAACGCCUUGUCUGAUUGGGAGUUCAGUGGAGGGAAAUCUUGCUGCAAUUUCAAUGGAGUUACCUGCAACAGCCAAGGGUAUGUUGAAGAACUUGACAUGUCGGGUUGGUCUGUUUCUGGCCGUUUUCCGGAUGGUAUUUGCUCUUACUUGCCGGAGCUGCGUGUUAUCCGUUUAGCUCAUAACCGUCUGUCUGGUGACUUUCUUCAUAGCUUUGUCAACUGUUCGUUCUUGGAAGAGCUGAAUGUUAGCUUCUUGAAUCUCACCGGAAAACUUCCUGAUUUCUCGCCGUUGAAAUCUCUCAGGGUGCUCGAUGUGUCAUACAAUGUCUUGGGCGAUUUUCCGAUGUCGGUGACCCAUCUUACUAAUCUUGAGACACUUAACUUCAAUGAAAACGUCGAACUCAACUUAUGGCAACUGCCGGAGAAUAUUUCCGGGCUGACGAAGCUUAAAUUAAUGAUCUUGACGACAUGUAAUCUGUAUGGUCCUAUUCCGGCAACAAUAGGGAACAUGACAUCACUUAUUGAUCUUGAAUUAAGCGGGAAUUUCCUCACCGGCCCAAUUCCUCCUGAGAUCGGAUUGCUGAAGAACUUAAAACAGCUUGAGCUUUACUAUAAUUAUCAUCUUUCUGGUAAAAUACCUGAAGAGCUUGGAAAUUUGACAGAGCUUGUUGACUUGGACAUGUCGGUCAAUAAGCUGACAGGAAACAUCCCGGAAUCUGUUUGCCGCCUUCCCAAGCUUGAAGUUCUGCAGCUCUACAAUAACAGCCUUACAGGAGAAAUCCCAAGUGCUAUUGCCAAAUCGACAACUUUGCGUAUACUUUCGGUUUACGAUAACUAUCUUACUGGAGAAGUUCCAAAGAACUUGGGGCAGCUGUCUAAUAUGGUUGUCUUGGACUUGUCAGAAAAUCGCCUGUCGGGUCCACUACCAACAGAGAUUUGCAACCGAGGUAAACUGUUAUAUUUUCUUGUAUUAGAUAAUAUGUUUUCUGGAGAAAUACCUGAUAGUUACGGAAAAUGCAAGACACUUAUCCGGUUUCGAGUCAGUCAUAACCGUUUAAAAGGGUCAAUACCAGAUGGACUAUUGGGUCUUCCACAUGUUUCGAUCGUUGAUUUGAGUUUCAAUAAUUUGACUGGUUCAAUUGCAAAUACGAUUGGAAGAGCUAGAAACUUGUCAGAGUUGUUCUUGCAGAGCAACAAGAUUUCAGGAGUUUUACCUCUUGAAAUCUCAGGAGCUAUAAAUCUGGUAAAGAUUGAUGUCAGCAAUAAUCUCCUGUCUGGACCAGUACCUUCUCAAUUUGGCUAUCUGACAAAGCUAAAUCUACUGAUGCUCCAAGGAAACAAGCUGAAUUCUUCCAUUCCAAAUUCACUUUCCUUUUUAAAAAAUCUCAAUGUUCUUGAUCUCUCCAACAAUUUGUUAACCGGAAAUGUUCCAGAGAGUCUAAGUGUUCUGUUACCAAAUUUCAUCAAUUUUGCAAACAAUCGCCUUUCUGGUCCGAUUCCUCUCUCUCUAAUAAAAAGCGGGCAACUAGAUAGCUUUUCAGGCAAUCCAGGUCUUUGUGUUCCAGUUUACGUUUCAUCAGGUCAAAAUUUCCCCAUUUGCUCGCAAAAGUAUAACCGAAAAAGACUAAAUUCAAUUUGGGUGAUAGGAAUUUCAGUGGUCUUCUUGAUAAUCGGAGCUCUGUUGUUUCUAAAGCGUAAACUGAGUAAUGAUAGACUAACAGAACUCGACGAGACACAGUCUUCUUCGUUUUUCUCAUACGAGAUGAAAAGCUUCCAUCGAAUAAGUUUUAACCAACAAGAAAUCCUCCAAGGCAUGAUUGAGAAAAACAGAGUCGGCCAAGGAGGAUCCGGAAUGGUAUACAAGAUUGAAUUUAGCACCGGAGAAGUUGUUGCUGUGAAGAGGCUAUGGAGCAAGAGAAGCAAAGAAUCAGCAACAGAUGACGAGCUGCUUCCGGAUAAGGGGUUAAAAGCCGAGGUUGAGACACUUGGAAGUAUCAGGCACAAGAAUAUUGUGAAAUUGUACUGCUACUUUUCGAGUUUCGAUUGUAGCCUGUUGGUUUACGAGUACAUGCCGAAUGGAAACCUGCGAGAUGCGCUUGAUAACAACUGGAUCCAUCUGGAUUGGCCAACUCGCCAUCAAAUAGCGCUUGGAGUCGCACAGGGCUUAGGUUAUCUCCAUCAUGAUCUGUUGACUCCUAUUAUUCACAGAGAUAUAAAGUCAACUAACAUCCUGCUAGAUAUUAACUACCAGGCCAAAGUAGCAGACUUUGGUAUAGCCAAAAUCUUGCAAGCUAGAGGAAAAGAUUCUACCAGUACUCUUGUUGCAGGAACCUAUGGUUACAUUGCUCCAGAAUAUGCGUAUUCAUCUAAAGCAACAACCAAGUGUGAUGUGUACAGUUUUGGAGUAGUUCUGAUGGAGUUAAUAAGCGGAAAGAAACCGAUAGAUGAAAGUUUCGGCGAAAACAAGAAUAUCGUAAACUGGGUUUCGACGAAACUAGACACCAAAGAAGAAGUUAUGGAGAUUUUAGACAAAAGAUUAUCAGGAUCCUUCAGGAAUGAGAUGAUACAGCUUCUGCGAAUCGCCAUUCGCUGCACCAGCAAGACACCGGCCCCUCGGCCAACAAUGAGUGAGGUUGUCCAGCUACUGAUCGAAGCUGAUCCAUGCAGAUUCGAUUCUACCAAGUCAUCGAAUAAGACUAAACAGAUGUCAAACUCCACUAAGAUAAACAGCAAAAUUGAAUUAUGAUUGUGAUAUACCAAUAAGUAUAUAGCAUCUAUCUACAGAAUGGUAUACAUAUAAAAGUGGUUUGUAGAUUCUUUCUUUUUACGAUUCCAUGCUUUUGUAAUUUGAUAUAUAUAUAAAAGCACUGCUUUAUACUAA